AUCCUGUUCGUUCAUAUGCGCAUGAUCACAGAGUUAUGUGCACAAUUAGUUAUGUACAAGCACUGACUCAGCCACGUGAUGCAUAAACUAUGCAAUACGUCAUCGUAAUGUGCUUCAGGACCAGCCAGUGCGUACUUUCUAUACAAUGCUCUGGAAGAAAAAGUCUAUGCAAAAGUCUGUCUUAUAUAGUUCAAAAUCGGAUUAAAACUUGUAGGAUGCACUGCCGUGCCCUUAAAACAUUCAGCCUAAACAAUUCCCCCUCCGCUCGGAUUUCUCUCCGCUCUGCGACUCUGAUAUAUAUAUCUCCCCUCUCCACAAGCAUACAUGCUCUACAAUACGUACAACACAAGCCAAGGCCUAGUACAACCAUCACAAUGCUAGAAAUCAUCGACGACAAAUCCCAACACUGCAUCCCUUUCCUCCUCGACCGCGUAAAAACACACCAAGAGCUUUAUGCUUCGAACCCAGACCAAGCCCCGCCAUUGUUUCUGGGGUUGAAUGGGGUUCAAGGUGCUGGCAAGACGGUCCUGGUCUCGACACUGCAGAAUACCCUCCGCAACCCCCCUUACUCGCUCCCCGUAAUAACCCUCUCCCUCGACGACAUCUACCUCACCCACGCCGACCAAGAACGUCUCGCAACAACAAACCCGCAAAACCCCCUCCUCCAACACCGCGGCCAGCCCUCUACGCACGACCUAUCCCUCGGUCUACAAGUCUUCAAAUCGCUGCGUGAAGGCAAACCCACGAAGAUCCCGCAGUAUGAUAAAUCUGCAUUUAGCGGGCAGGGGGAUCGCGUGGAUGAGGGGAAAUGGGAGGUUGUUAAUAAAGAGGGGGAGAGGAGGGUUGGAGUAGUGAUUUUUGAGGGGUGGUGUGUUGGGUUUCGGGCGUGGAGUGAUGAUACACUAAGGGAGUUGUGGGAAGGUGCGGUUAAGAGGAAGCAAGAGGGGAAUUAUAAUGGGCGACUGGGACAUGUGAGGUUUGAGGAUGUGAGGGCUGUUAAUGAGGCGUUGAGGGAGUACGAUGCGUUGACGGACCAGUUUGAUGCUUUGAUUCACAUCGACGCGCAAAACAUCCACUAUGUUUAUGAAUGGCGACAAGAACAAGAGCGCACUCUCCGCGCAACCAAGGGCACCGGCAUGAUCGAGGAACAAGUCAAUCAUUUUGUCGAUGGCUAUUACCCGUCCUACGAACUCUUCACGGAGACACUCCGGAACGGUGCUUUCAGAAAGAAAGGCGUUCCCGAGUCGGAAUCGAAGGGGAAGCAGUUGCGUCUGGUUGUUGAUAAGAACAGGAGAGUUCAGGAUGUUCUUUUAUACUAGGACAAGAGCCGUACACCUACAUGAGAUAAUACUACGAAUCUCUACUCAUAAAAAUAAUUGGGUUGUCU